UUAUCACCCAAGGGGGCCUCAUGAUAUAUACGGUAGGUGCACCUAACCCACAAAAAAACAAAACUAAGACACUGGGGGAAGAGAUGGAGCGUCACAGUGAAGCAGCUGCGGCACCACACGUUGGACAACGCAUGCUUUUUACAGGCCCGGGUGGAAUCGGAGACUACCGGCCGAGAUCCAAUUAUUCCCCCCGGUCCAUCGGUGUGGGCGCCUCAUCGCCCGAGGCCACAGGUGACCUCGGCUACCUGUGCCGAGCUGCACCACAGGCCCCGCCUCCCACGCCCAGGCACAGCCGCGUGGGGGAGGUGGGCUGGGGCUGGCAGUACAACCAGCUGUUGAACAGCGGGGCGCUGCUCAGCAACAUGCAAAUUAAGAGGACGGAGGUGCGGACAUCGCUGGAGGACAGAGUGACUCAGCGGUUCCAGGGCGACCAGUAGGACGGCGUCUGUGACCCUCACGUUGGACGCGCUGGGUCCUGGAAGUCGUCCCGUGUGUGUGUGU